AAGGGGCUGCGCAAUUCCACCAUUCACCGGCAGAGGGCGCGCGUCCGGGAGAAGAAGAAACUGCAUCUUACGAUGGAGGGGUUGGAAAUCGGGGCGCCGGAGGUGGCCCGGGACCUGCGAGUGCUGGGCUAUGAGGGCUUCCCGGAGACGGUGGCGCUGGGGACCCCGCGCCCGGAUUUCAGGGUGCUGUGCGCGCGGCUGGCGGCGGAGUUGCAAACUCUGGGCGUCCCGGAGCGGGGGGACGCGGCGGAGGCGCUGAUCGCCGGCGACGGCCCCGACGCCGAGGACACGUUCGGGCGGCAGUUGAUCCGGCUGCUGCGGGACUUGCACUGCCCGGACCGCGCGCUCUGUUGCGGGGACGGCUCGGAGGCGGCGCUGUGGGAGCCCGGCGCGGGCCUGCGCCUGCUGCGCUUCCUCUGCUCAGAGCUCCAGGCUGCCCGGCUCCUCCGCCUGCAGUGGCGGCUGAAGCCCAGUUUCACGGCGCCUAAUGGUGAAGGAUCGGAGAAGGGCGCUGCCAUGGUCCAAGAACUGGUCCUGACCCUGCAAGCCCUGGGACUGCCCAGGCCUCCUCUGGGGACCCCUGCUAGCCGGCUGCUGCAGGAGUUGCAUGCCAAGGUCUCAGAGCUUCUGCCUUCUCUGCCUCCAGAGUCCUUGAGUCCCCUCCUCAGCCAACCCCUGGAUGCUCCCCAGUGGGAAGCCUUGGAGUCUCUGUCCCAGAGCCUGCGAGAUCAGUACUGCUGUCGCCGCUGUCUCCUUCUCAGGCGCCUGGACCUCACAACAGCUGCCUUCCACUGGAGUGAUCGGGCUGAGGCCCAGGGGAAGGCCAUGAAAGUGGUGCUGAGACCACUCCGAGAGACCCUCACCCCAGAAUCAGACAUCUCCCAGGCCCAUGUCCUAGCAGCCCGAGCUGACCUGUCUCGUCUGAUCCCUGCCACCAGCAAGGCUGCCCGAAGAGGAACCUGCUGUGCCAUCAACAAGGUGCUGAUGGGGAGUGUGCCAGACCGGGGAGGCCGUCCUGGUGAACUGGAGGCUCCCAUGCCCAGCUGGAAGAGUCGAAGAGAGGAUGGUGGGCAGCGGAAGUUCAACCGCCAGAAGAAAAAGUAAAGGGACCGACCCAGGAUUGGAACUUGGGGGGGGGGGUCCUCUGAGAGGCUGAACCAUGACAUCUUGGGAAGUCAUCUGGAGGGUUUUGCUGGUCCCUUGCUCCAGAGGCCCCCAAAUGUCCUCCCUCCCUCUACCACUCAACAUCAAGGACUCUAUUUUCUAAAAAUUAAAUUAGUUUACAAACAA